UGCGUGCCACUUAUGUAGACCGGAUAGAGGUAAUGUGGAAAGGGGUUGUGUCAGAAUAUGGAAAUACUUUGGGACUUGUAAAGGGCAUAGAUCUGUCAACCAAUAUGCUUAACGGGGGAAUUCCACCAGAAAUCACCGAGCUCGUUGGAUUGAUUUAUUUCAACUUAUCCAGAAACAAUUUAAGUGGACAAAUCCCUGCAGAGAUUGGUAACUUGGAAUCAUUAGAUUUUCUUGAUUUGUCAAAUAACCAGUUUUCAGGUCAGAUUCCUCCAAGCCUCGGUUUGAUCGAUCGCCUUAGUGUGCUGAACUUGUCCAACAACAACUUGUCAGGGAAAAUUCCAACAAGCACUCAGCUCCAAAGCUUCAAUGCGGAUGCAUACAUGGGGAAUAUCGGACUUUGUGGAGCUCCUCUCCCUGCAGAAUGUCCAGAAGAAGAACAACCCGGUACUACCGAAGCUGAGGAAGAUCACAACAACGAGUUUAUAAGCCAAGGAUUUUAUGUGAGUAUGGGCGUUGGAUACGUGGUUGGAUUUUGGGGAGUUUUUGGGACAUUGCUGUUCAACAAGUCAUGGAGGUGUGCAUAUUUCAAACUCUUAAAUGAUUUGGCAAAUUGGAUUUAUGUUAUGGCUGCAUUGCGCAAGGCAAAGUUUCUCAGGAAACUCCGAGGUGUGAUAUCAGCAUCUUCUAUGAGACGAGGUCAGAAAGAAUACUAUUCCACUUACCACAAGAUGCAGAACCGGAAGAAGUUCACAAAUGAAGAGUGGAAUGAUUUUACACAAAGAAUACAAUGCUCUGCAACAUUUAUUGUUUUUGUGUAA